AAAGCGCCUCCCCUUCUCCCUCCACCAUUCGGAGGCGUCUGUCCUGGCGCAGGGUCCGCAGAGUGACUGACCCCGGGCAGGGAAGCCACGAUCGCGGCGGGGAGGGAGGCCUGUGGCGCCCGGCCGAGGGUCGUUGCAGGGCAAAGCAGCCUGGCAGGAGCAGGAGUUGCGCCCCGGAUUGGCUCGGGACCGGGUCCAAAGCCGCCCGCUGGGCCUCUUCUGAAGCCAAGCAUCUCUUCCAGAUCGUAAUUUGCAUGGUAUCCUCUUUGCUAGCCAAUAUGGACCUAAAGGACCCAGAGACUCUUGCAUCCCUCUCAAACAGUAUGAUACGGUCUCCUGUGCCACUCCCAGUGAAGAAGUUGUAUCAGGGUGAACCAAUGGCCCUGGGGAUCACGCAGAUCCUGAUCGGCAUCCUGGAAAUAUCUUUUGGGCUUGUGGUAGCCAUAGCGGAAAGUCCUCCUGUAUCCCAUAUCAUUGAAGACCAUUUUUUUACUCCAUAUUGGAUGGGAUUCCUGUACAUCAUUUCGGGAUCUCUUUCUGUGGCAGCUGCCAAGGACCCCAAGGUGCCACUGGUGAAAGGAAUGCUGGCAAUGAAUGUUGUGAGUUCCGUGGCAGCAGGCAUUGCGAUUCUGAUAUUCUCCAUUUCAAUAGCUCAUGGACUAAACCACCUAUGUCAGUACGAAAUAGAAUAUUACAACACCACAUCAACUGACAUUUGCCAGGAACAUGUCAUUAUAUCUUAUAAUCUCACGUCUGCAAUAUCUGCUAUCCUGCUGGCAGUCACUGUCCUGGAGUUCCUCAUCACCAUCACCACUGCUUGUUUUGGAUGUGCCAGUUUGUGCAGGAAUGACUACAGUGAAAUGACUGUAGUGGUUUUUCAGAAGACAGAGGAAGGGAUCACUCCUGCUUCAGCUCUCCCGAGGCAUAUGAAUGAGGAUGUGGAGGCAUGAGGGUAUUUCUGUUCUCUAUCAUUUCCCCAGCGAAAUCUUCCAUAAGCACCUGAACUUUGUUGGGUUUUUUCAUUUGCAAAAUAUUUUUCAUAAACCAUCACAUGGGCUGUUUUUGUUGAAUACAAAACACAUUUUCUUCGUUGACGUCAUUUGUGAUUUUCAUUCCCACUUUUUAGCAUUUAUGUUUUGCCAGUAUAUCACAUCAAGCUGGCCUUCUGAAAAUGGAGGUAUGUUCCUGGCUGCAGGAACCCUUACAGAAAGGAUGCAAUAACCUCGAUUACACAACAUGAUUAAAAAGGAAUGAGGCACUGAUGAAGGACAACGAAAAGCCAAAAUAACGCGAGCUGCUUUUGCUACUAUCAUUCCUAUGGAGAUAUGAAGUUUCCUUGGAUGUAUCAGUAUUGCAAGAUAUCUUUUCUAUGGUAACAUUACGUUCAUUGAAGAAAAAGGCGAUACCUCUUUAAGGCAGACAGGAACGGACAUAUAAGCAACAAACCUAAGUAUAUAUUUGGCAGUCAUAUUGCAUACAGAAGAAUUACAACAAAUAGACAACAACGAUUUGAAAGUUCAUUGACUGUGUUGCAAGAGGAAAAUGUGUCAUCAAGUUGAAUUGUUAUAAACAAAUGUAUGGUCUGUAACUGACAACAGGUGAUGUUUGAGCUUUGAGAAGUGAUCUGGGGUAACGCUGCGAUAUCUGCAAAUGUAAAAUGAGAGGUUGAUACAUGUUCAGCAAUUGCUUUUUAAUGUGUUAUGUAUAUUACACUAAGGGGGUGUUUAGCAAUAAGGCAAACAUAAGUUGCGUUUUCAUUCGGUCCAUAGCUAUACUGGUCUAGUUUCGUGCGCACUGACACAGUUACUAGCCCAAGGUCCCCCAGCAGGAAUGUAGGAGUGGGGAAAGAAAUCUAGUCCCCCAGAUAACAGUCUGC